CUCAUCGCUCACACCCAUUUCCCCCCUCUUUUCCCCAAUGGCCGUCGCAAGGCUCUUGUCGCUGGUUUGUGUGGCUGCCGUGCUGUGCCCACCCUCGGUGGUGAGCCAGACAUGCAAGGAAGGCGACAAGUGCAGCGAGGGCGGGGGCGGGAAGCUGCUGAUCAAGGGCGGCAUCGUGGUCAACGAGGACGUCGAGAUGAUCUCUGACAUCCUCAUCGACAAUGGACACAUCCAGGUGGGUACAUGCGGACAGAUCAGCACUGGUGCCUUUGCCUUGCCUUGGCUGCCUUGCAAUGUGUCAACCAACGGCGCAACGCAGCAGCAUGCAUGGCGCCAUGCACACAUGUGUGGUGUGCGGGAUGGCGUGUGCAGCUGAUAGCGACUGAGAUCGCCGCUGACAGCGAGACACGAGUGGUGGACGCCAGGGGCAAGUACGUCAUGCCGGGAGGUGAGUGACUGAGUGAAUGAGUGAGACGAUUGACAACACCACACCGCAGACAGACAGAGGAGAUGCGCUUAUGCAUGGUGGCAUGCAUGGGUCUGUGUGUGCGUGUGGUGUCCACGUGUUGGCUUGGCAGGCAUCGACCCUCACACCCACCUGGAGAUGCCCUUCAUGGGGGAGGUGGCAUGCGACACAUUCGCCACUGGACACCAGGUGAGUGAGUGAGCAUGUGGGCGACAAACACACGCCACACAGGGAGGGGACGACACAAACCAUGCUCCCCGUUCAUUCGGUGUCAUCUAUCUGAUCUGCCAGGCUGCGCUUGCCGGCGGGACGACGAUGCACAUCGAUUUCGCCCUGCCUGUUGACGGGUCGUUGGUCAAGGGCUGGGAGGAGUGGCGGAAGAAGGCCGCCAAGGCCAACAUGGACUACGGAUUCCACAUGGCCGUCACCGCAUGGAAUGACAAAGUCGCAGAGGUACCGCACCUACCGUCACGCUCCCUCCCUCACGCACACACGCAUCAUAUCCGUGUGAGUGCAUCGGUCGGUGUGUGGUGUAUGCAGGAGAUGGAGUACUUGGCCAAGAACAAGGGCGUCAACUCGUACAAGUUCUUCAUGGCCUACAAGGGGGCGCUCAUGGUCACCGAUGAGCAGCUCGUCGAGGGAUUCAGGCACUGCAAGAAGAUCGGCGCACUCGCACAAGUCCACGGUAGGUACGCUCACAGCUUCACACGCUGCCACUGAUCAUCCGAAUGGAUGGAUGGCUUGUGUGUGUGAUCCAUCCAUCAGCUGAGAAUGGUGACGCCGUGGCUGCUGGCCAGAAGUACAUCGCAGAGGAGCUGCAAAUCCUCGGACCAGAGGUAACGAAGAAAGGAACACCACGCCAGCCACAAACCCCAACCAACCAGCUCCACACCCUUGACUGACUUAUGCCCGUGUAUGUGUGUGUGUUGCAUAGGGUCACGCACUGAGCCGUCCAGCCAUUCUAGAGGUGGAGGCCACGGAGCGGGCCAUCAACCUCGCCGCGUGGGUCAACACACCGCUGUACGUGGUACGCAUCCAUCCAUCCAUCCAUCCAUACUCGAUAUCAAAGCCCCUACACAUACUCGUCCCCUCCGUGUGUGUGUGUGUGUGUGAUGUGUGGCCAGGUGCACGUGAUGAGCAAGGGUGCGAUGGAGGCGGUUGCGCGUGCCCGGCAGGCGGGCUACCGCAUCAUCGGCGAGCCCACGGCGGCCGGCCUCACCCUUGACGAGAGCAAGAUGUGGGACCCCGACUUCAAGACCGCUGCUGCCCACGUCAUGUCGCCACCCAUCAGGAAGCACGAUGUCGACGGCAUUGCCCUCCAAAACGCUCUCAAGAAUCGUGUCCUCUCGGUAAGUGUGUGAGCAUGACAACAUGAAUACUCGUUCCAUCACGGCGUCCAUCCCAUCCACACACACGUGUUGCAUAUAUGGUUGCUGUCCGUCGGUCUGCCUGCCUGUCUGUCUGUCUGUCUGUCUGUCUGACCCUGCCUGCAGCUGGUGGCGACCGACCACGCGGUGUUCAACUCCACUCAGAAGGCCAAGGGCAAACACGACUUCCGCGUGCUGCCCAAUGGAGUCAACGGUCGGUCAGCUUCGCACACAAUGCACAACAUACACAACAUGCACAACUAGCUUGCCAUCCGUCCAUCUGCCUGUGGGCUGGAUAAUGACUAAUUUCCUUCCUUGUGUGUGUGAUGUGUGCAGGUCUUGAGGAGCGCAUCCCGGUGCUGUGGACGACCAUGGUCAACACGGGCAAGAUCACGCCGAUGGACUUCGUCCGCAUCACCUCCACCGAGGCGGCACGAAUCUUCAACGUCUACCCUCAAAAGGUAGGUCACGUCACCCACACACAUCACUGACGCACUCACGGACGGACGGACGGACGGACGGACGGACGCGCAAAGGCGUGGGCUGAAAUGCACCCACCCACUGUUUGUGUUGUGUUGUGUGUGUAUGGAUGGUAUGUGGGUGUCUCACUCAGGGUGUGAUUCGCGAGGGUUCUGACGCCGACUUGUAUGUGCUUGACCCGACUGUGGAGUACACCAUCUCACCCCAGACACACCACUCGGCCCUCGAUACCAACGUCUUCGAAGGGUAAGAGUAAGUCGCCGCAAUGCACCGCACCAGACCGCAUGGAUGUCUACGCGUGUCUGUGUGUCUGUGUGUUUGUGGUGUGUGUGGUCUGUUUGUUUGUUCCAGCAUCAAGUGUCGGGGCAAGGUGGUGACGACCAUCAGCCGCGGCGACAUCGUGUGGGACAACAAUCAGCUCUUCACCAAAGACGGUCGCGGACAGUAAGAACACACCAAUACACACAAUACAGCCAUAAAUAAAGAUGGCAUCCCCCUGCCCUGCCCAUCUCACUCACAUUCGCUGGCGGUGUGGUGGGCUUCGUCUCACGUUCAUUCAGGUACAUCGAGACGAAGCCCUUCUCGCCCUAUCUGUUUGGCGGCCUGGAGCAGGAGGAGGCCCUCAAGCGGGCCGAGAUGAACGCACCCGUCAAGCGCAACCUCGACAAGAUCUACGCAUGAGGGACGGUGAUCCCAUUGUGGCCCAGCCCGUACCACCCUGUCCUACCAAUUUUGCAAGGAGAGCUGCACACACUUACACACACAACACAUACACACCCGAACCUUUAUUGCGUUGAGAGACGGGGCGCGGCGAGGGGUGCGGUGCAUGGGGGCGUGUGCAUGUGUGUGUGUGUGUGUGUGUGCGUGUGUGCUAUGCCACGGGGGAAUGUUGGCGUGUGUCUGGGGGCGGUGAAUGUUUGUGUGUUUCAAGCACUGGGAAUCGAUCGCAAGACGAGCUAAGGCAGCUUUGGGGCAUUUUGGGCCUGCUGUGUUGAAUUCUAUUGCAAUGCAUUGCAAACCACUGCAUCAAUCUGAAUGGUUUCUUUUCCUUCCCCCAUCACCCCCUACCCUACGCACACCAAGGCACGCCGAUGGAUGUUGUCUGGUGUUGUGUUGUGUUGUGGUGUGGUGUGGUGUGUUGUCUGCGUCUUUUUCCAUUCUUCCGAGAGAGUACCAGCUAGGUUUUUUCGUCGGACGAUUUGCGACAAAGGCAAGGGAGCUGCGUCCGUCGAUCAGUGUGGGUGGAUUGUGUCGGUCCACUUGCUGCACGUCAACGUGGAGGGCAUCCAUCCAUCAGGACAUGCCGGAUGUUCCCACUGUUGCCCAUGAGGGUGUCGAGACGUGCAGCAAGCGCUCAACACAUGACAUGACACACACCAGCCCAGCACUAAGGCAAUGUAUAGCUACCAAGAUAUGUGCAAGCAGAGAGGCAAAGUGACACGCGACGCGUAUCGUGCGAGUGCGAGUCCCCGAUCGAUUCGAUAAGUGGCUGGGCUGCCGUGUUGCUCAGCCUGACUGUAUGUAUGUAACGGACGAGCGAAUGUAUGUUCUAUGUGGAUAGCAUUCAAGGCAGCCACAGCCAGGAAGGAAGGCCUGCCUUUAUGGCCAGACGGAUGGAUGCAUCGCAUCAGUGGGUUGACUGACGGCUGCCUCGAGGCUGUCACCGUGCGAUGGAUCCGAGGCAAGUUGAACAUGGUCUGAGACAACAUGCAUGAGUCAGAGCAGAGCCCUCGUCACGUUUUAUCUGUCUGUCCUCACUGCACGCGCUGGACGUGACUGUCGUGCAGGAGAGAGCACGAGAGAGGGAGCGAGGCGCCGUCUUUUUUGGCUCUCUCUUGCCGCUGCGUUGGGGAAGAGAGGAGGGAGGGCAUGACGGACAGGACAGGGGGUGGUGUGAGAGUGAUGUGAUUUCAUGUGAGUUAGUGCGCGGCUUCGUCUUGUCGUCACCAUGCCGGCGCUCAAGGAGUGCAGACAGGCGCGAAACUUGCGUCUACGCAUUCCUUGAGCUCCGGUUUGGUGACGACAAGGUGUAGCUGCGCCACAUGGAAGCGAGCACACACGGGACCGUCAGCGUUGAUGCGUGAGGAUUGAUCAGUCGACCGAUGGAUGCUCCGUGGAGGAACAGCAGGAUAGGAUGCAGCCAGCCCUCUGGGAACAAACACGUUUUGCGCCAUGGUGGGCUGCCUCUCUCUAUCUGCACAUGCAAUGCAAAAGGUGCGUCCCGUCGAGAGAAUCCCAUCCAUCGCAUCGAUCACUCGCUCACACGCACUUGCAUCGCUGAGAGAGACAGGCAGAUUCAUGCAAUCAGUCCAGCCGGCUUGUUAUCUCGUCCGCCGUGCAUGCCUGAAAGAGACACAGCCCAAUCACUGCAGAACAUGAAUCGACGACAUGUGAA